AUGUCCAUACGACACCCGACGGAAAUUCAGGCGGCAUGCAUACCCCCACUCCUGCAAGGCGAGGAUUGCAUAGGGAACGCGAAGACGGGUUCAGGAAAAACGAUAGCAUUUGCCUUGCCCAUUUUGCAUCGACUUUCCAUGGAUCCCUACGGUAUAUUUGCGCUGGUACUCACACCCACGAGGGAAUUGGCAUUCCAGAUUGCCGAGCAGUUCGCCGUGCUUGGAGGAGCCAUCAAUGUCAGGACGGCAGUCGUGGUCGGCGGGAUGGAUAUGAUGGCCCAAGCAAUCGAAUUGCGCAAUCGCCCUCACGUCGUUGUCGCAACACCCGGACGCAUGGUCGACCACCUCCGGAGCGGCAGCGGUGAAUGGGACCUGUCGAGAGUCAAGUUUCUGAUCCUUGACGAAGCCGAUCGACUGCUCACGCCAACCUUCGCCCCUGAGCUGGAACAUUUAUUCGAGGCGUUACCGACGGAUCGCCAAACUUGUCUGUUCACUGCCACCUGGACACCCGCUGUGGAACAGCUUGCCUUAGCUCAGACUAAACCAGGGAAACAGAAGCUGUUUGUCCAUCGCAUGACUUCAAGCGUGGAGACCGUAGAGACUUUGAAGCAGUACUACCUGCUCGUGCCGUCUCAUAUCCGUGAAGCGUAUCUGUUCCAUCUGCUAUCGCACCCCCCGGAAAGCAUCAUACAUCUUCGCCGCUCCCCACCUGAGCCCGUCAAACAUCGUCGCGGCCCUGCGAAGAAGCAAGGCAAGCGACCCACGCCCAGAGAUGAGGAUGCGCCCGAGCAACCCCCGCCAACCAUCAUAUUUUGCAAUCGCCCGCGAACCGCGGCUUAUCUCACCAACAUGCUGAAAGAACUAGGGAUCAGGAGCACAGCUCUGCAUUCACGACUCACUCAACGCGAGAGACUGUCUUCUUUAUCGCUCUUCCGAUCGUCUGUUGUGCCGGUGUUGGUGUCGACAGAUGUCGGGGCAAGAGGAUUGGAUAUCGAAGACGUUGCAAUGGUCGUGAACUGGGAUAUGCCUCAAGAGCCCGAGGAGUACACGCAUCGCGUCGGUCGUACCGCCCGUGCCGGUAGAGCCGGUCUUGCGGUCAGUUUUGUCACAGAACGCGACGAAGAGCGGAUCAUGAAGAUCGAGGACCGUAUCAGAACCAAACUUGAAGAAAUGGAACUGCCUGAAGACAAGGUGCUGGAAGGUUUGAACUCGGUCUCAACCGCGAAGCGACUUGCCAACAUGGAACUACAUGACACUGGCUUCGGCAAGCGCGAGGCGGUCCAUAUGGCGAAAAAGAAGGCCCGGCAGGCCCAUGACGACAUGUAG